GCUUUGCCUUUUAUAAUCUUAAGCCUAAUAGUGGUAUUAGAGCCAUUCUUGCUCUCACGAGCCCUUGAUCAUGGCCACCCACGAUGAGUCUCCCAACUCUGCUGCAUCCAAAAACUCCCCAAACUCCACUACAACAAUGCUCAAUCCUGGUCUCACUAAGAAUCCACUAUCUUUCAAUUCAGCCGCAUUCCCUGUGAAGCUAACGCCCACCAACUAUAUGUCAUGGAGGGCUCAAUUUACUUCUUUGCUUGCAGGUUAUGAACUUGAUGGCUAUCUCGAUGGUAGGACUCCCUGUCCAGUUGCAACCGCACCAGAGUAUAGCUUGUGGGCUCAUCAAGAUCAACUCUUACGGCAUGCUCUUAUCACUUCUAUCUCGGAGAGCAUCACCCCCUAUAUCGCUGCUGCUGCUGCCACAGCGCAACAAGCAUGGGAAACGUUAGCAAGGCUCUAUGCUAAUCGUUCCCGCACUCGGGUGAUUACCUUGAAGGAACGCCUCCAAAACAUGAGACGUGAUGGCUGCUCUGUUGCUGUCUAUUUAAGAGAUCUCAAAACUGUUGCUGAUGAAUUGGGAACCAUUGAUCGUCCACUCAACGAUGAUGAUCUUACAGUUUACAUUCUUAAUGGUCUUGGCCCUGAGUUUCGGGAGAUUGCAGCCUUUCUUCGAGCACGAGAUUCCUCUCUUUCCUUUGAUGACUUGCAUGACAGAUUGGUAGCUCAUGAAGAAAGUCUCAAACGAGAAGAAAACCACCCUGAGAUCACACCGGUGACUGCUCACUAUGCCGCUGCUUCUUUAAAUUCCAAUACUGAUUCUUCUCCUUCAUUAAGUGCAGGCAACUCUAAUUUCCCUCUUGGCCGCCACCCUCAACAAGCUCUUAGGCCUAUGGCCAAUUUUGCCUCUUCUUCUGCGGCUUUUUAUGAUGAUUGCCUCUUGGAUUCUGGUGCCAACAAUCAUGUAACCACUGACUUGGCUAACUUGGCACUUCAUUCUGAAUACAAUGGUCCUGAUGAACUUCAUAUUGGUGAUGGAACAGAAAACUUGGGUUAUAAAUGCUUGGAUUUAAGUUCCAAAAAAUUGUUUUUUUCCCGACAUGUUGUUUUUGAUGAGUCUACCUUUCCCCACAAAACUCAAUCUCCUGUUUCUCUUCUACCCUCUGAUUUCCUACCUGUUACUGCGACUCCAACUACCUCUCCGCCUACCCCUAACCCAAGCACCUUGCCGUCGCCACUUGACUCUCCUGCUAGUGCACCCCAUGAAUCAAUGGCUCACGUGGUGUCUGUUCUUGUCGCUGCUCCUUCACCAUCCCCCCCAUUCCCAGCCCCAUUCCCAGCCCCAUCCCCAACCCCAGCCUUGUCUAGUUCUCCCAGCCCCACUUUCCAAGCUCAAUCUAGUCCCAGUCCCUCUUCCUCAUCCUCGGCCACAGCUCACACACUCUCCCCUUCCCUAGGCAAGGCCUCGAGUAGUAUGACUCGACCUCAUCCUCCUACCCGGUUACACCAAAUACGCACCCGCUCCUUGAAUAACAUUUUUAAACCCAAAAUCCUUUUCCAAGCACUGUCCAAAUGCCCUGCACCUAUCACUGCACCAACUUGUACGUGGGAACUUGUUCCUCCUUCUCCUGAUCAUCAUUUAAUUGGCUGCAAAUGGGUGUUUCGUUUAAAACGAGCAAAGGAUGGUAGUAUUGAGCGAUAUAAGGCUCGCUUGGUUGCCAAAGGCUUUCAUCAACGUCCUGGGUUUGAUUUUUCUAACACCUUCAGUCCUGUCAUUAAGCCUACUACUAUUCGCACUGUCUUAUCAAUUGCAGUUGGUCGUGGAUGGAUUAUCCGUCAGUUGGAUGUCAAUAAUGCCUUCUUACAUGGUCAUCUUGCGGAACAAUUGGUCAUGCAGCAACCAGCAGGCUUUGUUGAUCCUCGUUUCACUGAUUAUGUGUGCCAAUUACGCAAGUCUAUCUAUGGCUUAAAACAGGCUCCCCGGGCGUGGUUCAUUGAGCUUAAGAACUUUGUUUUGUCUCAGGGCUUUUCUCAGUCUCAGUCGGAUGCUUCUCUUUUUAUUUAUCACCAUGGAUCUACUUGGAUUUAUUUCCUUGUCUAUGUUGAUGAUAUUAUCAUUACAGGUAGUGAUCCCUCUGCAGUUCAGUCUUUUAUUCAGGUCAUGGGUGCUCGUUUCUCCUUGAAAGAUUUGGGGCCUCUUAGCUUCUUCCUUGGAGUUGAGGCCAUUCCCACAUCUGCUGGUCUUCUCUUAUCUCAGCAUCAGUAUAUUAUUAAUCUGCUCCACCAGUACAAUAUGCAUGAGGCCAAACCCGUGACUACCCCUCUUGCUAUCUCUCCUCCCCUGCAUCUCAAUUAUGUCAACAAGCUCUCUCAGUUUAUGCAUAAGCCCAUGGAUGCUCAUUGGCAGGCUGCAAAACGUGCUGGUGAUCCGUCUACUUGUGUCAGUACCACUGGUUAUCUGGUAUUCCUUGGCUCCAAUCCCAUUUCUUGGCGUGCCACCAGGCAGAAGGCUGUCACUCGGAGCUCCACUGAGGCUGAAUAUCGUGCCUUAGCCGCUGCUGCUUCUGAACUGGUCUGGGUUCGAAAUCUUCUUCAGGAGCUAGGCAUUUCUGGUCUUGGCUCUCCUGCUCUGUUUUGUGAUAAUGUUGGUGCCACUUAUUUGAGUCUUAAUCCUGUUCUCCACUCUUGUAUGAAACACAUCGCCAUGGAUUUACACUUUGUUCGAGAUCUGGUUGAUCAGAAACUUCUUCAUGUAUCUCACAUUUCUUCUCACGACCAGCUAGUUGAUGUUCUUACAAAGGCUCUGUCUACUACUCGUUUUUCCAGUCUUCGGUCCAAGAUUGGUGUUGCUGAUGGCACCUCCAUCUUGCGGGGGCAUGUUAAGGAAGGUGUAUCUCCGACGUGAUCUGCAGUAAAUGGCAACGUGAUCUGCAGUAAAUGGGACCAUGAUUCUAGGAUUUAGUCAAUCUGCAUUCAUGUACUGUAUCAUAUAUAUUAUGUCCAUAUCAGUUAAGUUUCCAUAUCAGUUAGUGUCAAUAUUUCUGUAUAUAUAUUGAUUACAAGACAGCAAUAAUAUCAAGCUUUGCCU